AUGAUGGCUGAGAACAACUCUGUAACAAAUGAAUUCAUCCUCAUGGGAUUCACAGACCAGCCAGACCUGAAGACCCUGCUGUUUCUGGUGUUCUCCACCAUCUAUCUGAUCACCAUGGUGGGGAAUCUCGGGCUGGUACUCUUGAUCUACAUGGAACGCCGUCUCCACACACCCAUGUACAUCUUUCUGGGCAACCUGGCUCUGAUGGACUCCUGCUGCUCCUGUGCCAUCACUCCCAAGAUGCUGCAGAACUUCUUUUCUAUGGACCGAAGGAUUUCUCUCAAUGAAUGCAUGGCACAGUUCUAUUUUCUCUGUCUUGCUGAAACCGCAGACUGCUUUCUGCUGGCAGCGAUGGCUUAUGACCGCUAUGUGGCCAUAUGCAACCCACUGCAGUACCACACCAUGAUGUCCAAGAAGCUCUGCCUUCAGAUGACCACAGGAGCCUACAUAGCAGGAAACCUGCAUUCCAUGAUUCACAUAGGGUUCUUGUUCAGGUUAACUUUCUGUAGGUCACAUGUAAUCAAGCACUUUUUUUGUGAUGUCCUCCCGUUAUAUAGACUCUCAUGUGUUGACCCUUAUCUCAAUGAAUUGAUGAUACUCAUCUUUUCUGGUUCAAUUCAAACCUUUACCAUUACAAUCGUCCUGAUAUCUUAUCUAUAUAUCCUUUUUACUAUAUUCACAAUGAAGUCCAAAGAGGGAAGAAGCAAAGCUUUAGCUACGUGUGCAUCCCACUUUUUGUCUGUGUCAAUAUUCUAUGGCUCCCUUCUCUACAUGUAUAUUCGACCGAGUUCAGUUAAUGAAGAGUAUAAAGACGUACCUGUUGCUAUUUUUUACACUCUAGUAAUUCCUUUAUUAAACCCCUUCAUUUACAGUCUGAGAAAUAAGGAAGUAAUUCAUGUGAUGAAAAGGACAAUGAAGAGACAACUGUAA